CAGUUGCUUUGAGAAACGAAAAACUCAAAUGGCCUCCUCUUCCUAUUUCCUUGUCAUCGCCCUUCUUGCAUUGGCCUCAUGGCAGACCAUGGCUUCUGAUCCGAGCCCUCUCCAGGACUUCUGCGUCGCCGAGAACAGCUCACAUGUUCUAGUUAAUGGAUUUGUCUGUAAAGACCCAAAGGAUGUGAAGGCCGAAGACUUCUUCUUGGCGGCCAAACUAGACAUGCCGAGAGACACGAACACGAACAAGGUUGGGUCUAAUGUCACUUUGAUCAAUGUAAUGCGGCUUCCUGGCCUCAACACAUUGGGCAUCUCCCUGGCGCGCAUCGACUAUGCACCUCUAGGCGAGAACCCACCACACGCUCACCCACGUGCCACUGAGAUCCUCACCGUUCUUGAAGGGACACUUUAUGCCGGCUUUGUCACAUCCAACCCGGACAACAAGUUCUUGUCAAAGGUGCUCAACAAGGGUGAUGUGUUUGUAUUCCCGGAAGGUCUCAUCCACUUCCAAUUCAACCCCAACCCCUACAAACCGGCGGUGGCAAUUGCCGCACUUAGCAGCCAGAACCCUGGGGCAAUCACCAUUGCAAACGCUGUGUUUGGGUCUAAACCAGCAAUCUCAGAUGAUGUUCUCGCCAAGGCCUUCCAGGUGGAGAAGAAUACUGUGGACUGGCUUCAAGCUCAAUUUUGGGCUGACAACCAUAACUAAUGAUGUAUUGCAUCGACUACAUGGAAGUGGUGUUGUAUUUUUUGUAAUUAUUUGUUUGUUGUAUUUUAUUAGCAUGCAAAACAUUUAUCAUGUACGGUGGAGAUGCUGGACAUAAUAAAACAUUGGUCUCAGAACAUCGUGUCUAAAUGGACACAUAUUGUUAAUUCAUUCAAGUUGUGACUCAUAUUCCACAAUAGUUCAUUUAGAGCGAUUAGCUAGCAUGUAGGUCUUAAACGGAAAGAAAUCGACGAUAUUACAUGUCCAUCUCGCUUUAUAUUGGUGAUGAGAAUGCAAAGGAACAUCAUAUGAGAGCUAGUAGUACAAUGCUACGUGCAAGGCCUGGAAGUAGUAGAAGAAGAGCUGUCCAUGAUCUUUUUGCGCAAGAACAUGUCACCUUGGACUGGCUUCAAGCUCAGUUUUAGGCUGACGACCAAAACUAGUGAUGUAUUGAUGAUUGACAAACGUUGAAAAUAGAAUCGUAUUGGCGCGUGGCUCGUAUACAAUAUAUUUGUUGUAUUUUACUAGCUUGUAAUACAUUUAUCCUCUACGGUUUAAAUACUCGAUUGAAUAAAAUGUUGGUCUAGUAUUGCAUGGCACGAAUUAAAUUUUCUAAGAAUACUCUUAAUUUAUUUAAGUUAUGACUUAUAACCCAUAUUUGAUCAUAGCUCAGUUGCAGCAAGUAGGUAGCA